AUGCAUUUCUCUGCUUUCAUCGCUACUGCCCUGACCGGCCUUGCUGCCGCUUCGCCUGCUCACCACUUCCAAGACAAGAGCACUGCUCAGAUUGCUUAUACAUACUCCAACGGCACCUUCACCAAGCCAAUCAACGUGAAGAUCAACAACGGCACCCAGAAGCUGUCUUCUGGCGGCACCGUCACUGACGUCUUCGUCGCGCCCCCCUUUGACGGCCGCCGUUACGUCCUCACUUCGUGCUCUUUCCAGGCUCCUACUAACAAGAGCCUUGGGGCCGUCUCGAUCCGCAAGCCGACAACUGUGCCGGUUCACCCGCCUGCUGCAGUUGGCUUCGUGACUUGCACGUCCGACUAAAUGGGGAUGGUGAGAGAUGGGAUGUUUGUUUGGGAGACUUGUGUCGACACUCUGAUUGAAUGAUGUUAUUUCUAUGCUUGAGUCAAUAGGUAUACAUUGAGAUAGAU